CAUCAGACGAAAAGGAUUAUUUGCCUUCUUCACUCUCCAAAAUCAAUCACUUUCUCUAAAUGUAUCCUAAACAAUUUAGUUUAUACAAUUAUUCCCUAGAGACCAUGAGCAAGGAUGAGAAUGUGGAGAGCAAAGAGACGAUCAGGGUUGAUAAGAGAGUAAGAGAAGACGAAGAAGAGGAAGAAGAGAAGAAGAUUGAUACGUUCUUUAAGCUUAUCAAACACUAUCAAGAAGCACGGAAACGUAGACGAGAAGAGUUAGCUGAAAAUUCUGGCGUCGUGAGGAGGAAAUCUAACGGCGGAGAAAGGUCCGGUAUAGUAGUUCCGGCGUUUCAGCCGGAGGAUUUCUCUCAGUGUCGUACGGGUUUGAAGCCGCCAUUGAUGUUUGUUUCGGAUCACAAGGAAGAAAAUACAAAGGUGGAACAAGAAGAAGAUCAAACAGAAGAGCGAAACGAAGACAAGGCUUUAGAUCUUAAUCUUGCAUUGUAGUAGCAAUUAGUUUUAAUCUAUUUUUAAUUGUCCAUGUUUCAUUUGUUAGCGUUGUGAUUAUUAAAUCCUUCAUUUAACUAAAAUGUCCGAUAAUUAACUUUAAAAUGAAUAAACUCAAAAGAAUCGUGAGGCAAA